AUGUCGACGCGGUCUUUGAAGAGUCAGGGAGGAGUGAUGAUGAGCCAUCAGAGAGAGGAAUUGAAUGCUAGUCCUCCCAUGAAAACAGUGGAGCCUACAUUGGCCCCUGUGGCAACAGCUCAUGGAAUUAUAUCGGAUUCAAUGAAUUCCAUGACGAGAAAACCAACAGGAAUGCUCAUGGCCAAAAACAAUUCAGUCAAAAAGCUUCCUCAUGCUUUUCAUCAAAUGAAUAUUCAGCAUCAAAUUAAUGUUCAUACAGCAAAAUUUGGAAUUUCAGCUGCUGAGGACGAAGAACCAACAACGAAAAAGAAGAAAAAAUCAACGAUCAAAAAAGAGGCUCCGAGAUUGCCUUCGGAAGAGCAUGGCCUUUCUCUUUUGCAAUCAAGAAUUGCAUCUGCUUCUCAGCUCUCAAGUGAGAGACCACAAAGCAGAAAAAGCUCUGGAUCAGCUCUCAGUACUCGAUCACAUGUGAAUCCUGUUCUAACGCCAAUUCUUGACGAGGAUUUUAAAAGAGAAAAAUUCGAAGACAGUUUAAAGAAAUCGUUGAAAGACACGUCAUCAUUGUUAGAGGGCUUACCUUCCCACAGGAGCAGCUCGAGUGACUUGGAUUUGACGACAUUAUCAUCCCGAAAAAAGGAAGACAUCAUUUUGGAUAGAAACACAGCAACUCUGGAACCAAUUAAAAAACCAUCGUCAAGAGGUUCAGAUUCAAGGUUAUUGGGAGGAACCGUCACAACAACACACUCUAAUAGAGCCAAGCUUUGUAUUCAAACGCUCGCAGAUGGAUAUGUGGAUGCAUUUGAAGAAUUAUUUUCGUUAGCCCAUAGAGAGCCUGUGCUGGUGGAUGACAUUACUGAUAAAUAUUUUUCUCUCACCGAUGACAAACUUCGAGACAUUAAGGAAUGGUUAGUGAAGGCUGAAUCCUAUAAGAGAAGAGGAAAAUUCGAAAAUGUUUAUGAAAUUUUCAAACAAAUAGCAGACUAUUUUGAAGGAGAGAAAGACUACAAUACCAUGUACUAUUUUUAUGACCUUGCUGAAUCUAUAGCAAAACGAUCGUCGAAUUCAGCAUUGGAAGGUUUGGCAAAGGAAAAUGCAGGAAAAAUGUACGAACGAAUGGGACAAGCAAACAUGGCUGUGAAAUAUCAUGAGGCUCAUAUGAGUCUAGCUCAUUCUUCUGGAGAUCAAGAGCAAGAAGAAAGAGCACUCAACCAAUUGUGGCGAGUUUAUGUAAAAAUGGCAGAGGAUUCAAUCAAACAAGGAGAUUUACAUAAUGCAUGUUUGUUCUACGAUAAAAGCUUAAAGAAUGCAAAACAGCUCAAGGAUAGAGAAAUGACGGCAUCCUCCUUAUACAAUCUCGGUAAAGUAUACAAGGAGAUGCAGGACUUGGAAAAGGCCAUUGAGUAUCAACAAAUGUACGUUCAAGUGUGUGAAGAAAUGAAUGACAAGGUAGGAAAAGCGGAUGCUUAUUGUGCCCUUGGAGAGCUCUAUGAACAAACUCAAGAGGUGGACAAGGCAAUUGAUAUAUUCAAGACCUACUUGUCACUCGCUGAAGAAAGUGAAGAUGACAACAAAAUUGGUCAUGCAUGUACAAAGCUUGGCACUGUGUUAGGUAUGAAGGGAGAACACGAAGAAAGCGUUCGAUAUUUUGAACGAAGUUUUGAGCUUGCUAAAAGGUCUAAGGACGAUGCAAAGAUAGGAGAGGCUAAAGUGCGGCUUGGUUUUGCAAAAGGAAAUGCCAAUAUGCACCAUCAUAUGAUGCAACUCAAGAACAUGGGAUUUGUGUAA